AUGGGAGAUAUCGAGAGCAGGCAAUGCGAGCAGGAGCGCAGAUUGUGGAUCAACGAAGAGUCCGGUCAUGAUGAAGGAAAGGCCAAACCUGUAGAAACUGCCGUGGUCAAUACUGACAAGGCUGUUGGUCUCCGUUUGACUCUCCCCGUCUCCUGA